GAAAGCUAUGCCGGUCAUGUGACUUUGGUCAUGAUGCGCACCCGACGAGGAAGGAGCGACCCAGACCACCACAUGGUGUUAGGCCCCUCGAAGAUUCGAACCGACCAAGCAAGUGCAUUCAAUCACCCUCCAACGCACUGCAACCCAGGUUUGCCUCCAGGACUGCCUCUCGUCGUACGCCCGCAUCCGGCCAAUCACAGGGAAUCCUUUACAACCACCGAUUUCCGAUUUCCUUGCUAAGUAUCAACUCGACACCCUCCACCGCCGCCAACACUACUCGCACGCGCCCACGAUGGCCAGCACCAAGCCAUUGACGAUGCUGGCUCGUGGCCCAUCGGCCACAACACUGCUCCGGCAGUCCCAGUUCGCGCCGCGCUUCGCCUCACCCGCCACCGCCGCCUUCUUCAGCACAACGCUUGCUCGCGCUGCCACGCCUGCAGGACCGCCCCCGCCUGGCUUCCGGUUACCGCCCCAGAAGAAGUGGGAUGAGGGCGAUUCGGCGCUGGACAAGGCCGGCAAGUACUUCUUGCUCAUGGAGAUGUUCCGCGGCAUGUAUGUGUCGCUAGAACAGUACUUCAGGCCCCCAUACACCAUCUUCUACCCCUUCGAGAAAGGCCCGAUUUCCCCCCGUUUCCGUGGCGAGCACGCCCUGAGACGGUACCCGACUGGUGAGGAGCGCUGCAUUGCCUGCAAGCUCUGUGAAGCUAUCUGCCCGGCGCAGGCUAUCACAAUUGAGGCCGAGGAGCGUAUGGAUGGCAGCAGGAGGACAACACGCUAUGAUAUCGACAUGACAAAGUGCAUCUACUGCGGUCUAUGCCAAGAGUCGUGCCCCGUUGAUGCCAUUGUCGAAAGCCCUAACGCUGAGUACGCCACCGAGACACGAGAGGAGCUGCUUUAUAACAAGGAGAAGUUGUUGGCCAACGGAGACAAGUGGGAGCCUGAGAUCGCAGCCGCUGCUCGCGCAGACGCGCCUUACAGAUAACGAGAAAGCAGACAGCGAAGGAGAGAACGGUGCUCGGGGUCUGUACAUAGUGAGAGAGUAGCCAUGUCUCGCUCAGCAAUUAGUUUCUUUUGUGGUUGUACUGUGAUUGUACAAGAGUAAACUCGAGUUUCAAGUUCAAUAAACCUCAAGCUGCAUGGUGUCUCGAGUGAAAAAUGCCGGAGCCAGCCAGUGCACUUAUCUCGAUCAGUUGUGGUCAAA